CUUAGGAUAGUUUGACACUUCAUUACUUUCUGUACGAAGUUCAAUGAAAUGGCGUCGGUUAGUGAAGGCCUCAAGCGCCCUUUACGAAGGACAAGAGAGGACGGAGAGGAGGAUGAUGGUGUCGCAGCGAAAAGGUUGGAAUCUUGUUUGGAUCAAUCCAUGGACUCAGUUAUUUGUGAGGUCGUCAAGUAUACACCGUCACCGCUACCAGACAAACAUUAUGAUGUUGACACGACUGAACCAAUCAGCUGCGGUCUUCAUACGAUGGAUGAGCUGUUGUCGUGGAAAAGAAGUGAGGCAAACCCCUUCGGUGUGGCGGUAGUCCCUUUGGCACGUCGGGAGCCUCCUCUGGACUGCUGUCUACGACGGACCUUAGUGUCUCAUGACAUGAUGGGCGGCUACCUCGAUGACAGGUUUGUUCAGGGCACAAACGCAGAGGCUCCGUAUGCUUUUUACCACUGGCAGUACGUAGAUAUUUUUAACUACUUCUCACACCACCUGGUAACUAUUCCUCCUGCCGUGUGGACCAAUGCUGCACAUAAACACGGAGUCAUCGUUAUUGGGACUUUUAUCACAGAGUGGACUGAGGGAGCCGCAGUGUGUGAGGCCUUCCUGAAAGAUGAGGAGUCAUACCGGGCGGUGGCUGAUAAACUUGUUCAGAUCAGCCACUGCUAUGGCUUUGACGGCUGGCUCAUUAACAUAGAGAACAUCCUCAGCGAGGCUGCGGUGCAGAAUGCGCCCUUGUUUCUGCGCUAUCUGACGGACCAGAUGCAUGAGCGAGUGCCCGGCAGCCUUGUGCUGUGGUAUGACAGUGUAAUUGACAGUGGACAGCUAAAAUGGCAGAACGAACUCAACCAGUCCAACAGGGUGUUUUUUGAUGCUUGCGAUGGUUUCUUCACCAACUACAACUGGAAGGAGGAGAACCUGAAGGGGAUGGAGAACUACCUCUGGGCCCAAGGCCGCCAGGCCGACAUCUACGUUGGAGUGGACGUGUUUGCCCGAGGAGAGGUGGUGGGAGGAAUGUUUGAAACAAACAAGGCGCUGGAGAUCAUUCGGAAGCACAACUUCUCUGCAGCCAUCUUUGCUCCUGGCUGGGUGUAUGAGAGUCACAAUGACAAGAGUAAAUUCCGCAAGAAUCAGGACAAGUUCUGGGCUCUUUUGUCAGACUACCUGUACAUCCACCGAGGAGUCUCACUUCUUCCCUUUGUCUCCUCCUUCUGCCAGGGCUUUGGGAAGACUGUCUACUGGCAAGGACAGCAUGAGACAAAGAGAAGCUGGUUCAAUCUGACUGCCCAGGAGAUUCAGCCUCUGUACUACCAGCAGGCUCUGGAGGGUCAGGGCUGGCUGAGGAGCUCUGGCUGCCCAGAGGAUGCCUGGAAUGGAAGUUGCUCGUUGCUGCUGGACGGACUCAUCCCUGCAAGUCACACCGCUCCAGUUUGUGCCAAGAUCUUCUCCAUCCAUGUACCCCUGGCGUCCAGUACGCUGGUGAGCCUCGUCUACAAGGCGUCUCCUGGGAUUGCAAUGUCUUUGGAGCUGAUGACAGCUGAUGCCACUCAGUGCACAUGUGAUGUGCAGGAAGUCAAACUUACCAGUGUGUCCCCAGAAGUCCUGGAUAAUGGGCACCAGUUAGUGAACCAGUUCACUCAGCUAUAUGGAAACUUGAAUCCAAAUGGUUGGACCAUCAGAUGUUCACAGCUGGAGCUUCGUGACUGCAUUCUUCGAGAAGUUUGUGUGAAGAUCGAGCGGACCGGACAGCCUAAGGACAUGCCUUUCAGCUGCAGAGUGGGAGAACUCAUGGUCUUAGAUGUAGCCAGUCUGCAGGUGCCCUCAGACAGGAUUCAGGGCCUGUGCAUUGAUGAUGUGGUGUGGCUGCACGGUGCUGGGACCUCUCCAGAGCCUGCUACCUACCUGCUCCUCAACGCCACUCUGCGCUGGGACUACCCUGCCAGCCUUGUACGUCACUUCAAGGUGUACUGGCGACAGCUGAGAGGACCUCAUCCCAGCAUCCCCCCGGGUCAGCUGGUUCUGGUGGGCCGGUCGUAUUCCAACCUAUUCAGGGUGACGGAGCUCAGAGUGCCAGAACCUCCCAGCCUGCUGGAGCUGGUGGUGGAGCCAGUGAGCAAGAUGGGCCUCCGAGUUCCAGAGAGCCACUGGGGAAGAAGAAGCCUCAGCUACACAGAGGAUGUCACAAAAUGAGUUUUACACAAAGACCAGCUAACUGCAUCUCCAUUACUCUCAUGCUAUGAUGACAAUAACACGGAAGUGCUCAUCCUCAUUGUGUCAGUUGCUGACUGCCCACAGCAGUUGUUGUCUACCUUUUAUAUCUGAAAUUCACAAAACUGGAAGUGACCAAAGAAUGUCACUACUCAGGACUCUUAUUUAAACAGAACUCAAUGCCGUGGAUCUCAAAGAACCAGACUUUUCCCAGGAUUAAUGUGCAUCAGCAUAGGUUUAGGAACCCCGCCAAUACUGGAGACAGUCCCACUCAAAAAUUACACCGCGGAGGAGAAAAAAUACUUGAUUUUGAAAUCUUUAACUCGCGUACUUUUAUUUUGAAGGCGCAACAUAGCGGGAGGAGUCAAACUCCUUUGAAUGAGGUAAAACGGUCUGUCGGGAAUGAUGCCAUGAAUAUGGUUGUUUAUAACGUCUUGUUGUCAGUUUACUUUAAUAUAUAGAAACCAAAUCUUUGUCAUUCAUGUUAAUCCUGGAAUGACAUGAUCAUUAUGCUUGAUAAAAGACUCAAGCCAUUUUGUUUGGUAGUUUGCCCACGGCUUACGAUUAUAAAACAUAUGUAAAUUAUACAUGCAGUAAUAUACACAACAUGAUUUUUCAAGAAACAUUUGAAAAAGAACAAAGUAAAAGUUCAAAUAGCAUUUUUUAUGUUUUGUUCAGAGUAUUUAGGGAUCUGUCAGGUUUCCAAUAUGUGUCCCCCCAACAGUAAACUCAUUCCUACGCCCUUGUGCAUCAGUGAUGUAAUCAGCAAUCAUCCACAUGAAGAAUCGUAAAGGUUUCUAAUGUCUUGUUAAAUUUGAACUGAGACUGUUUUGAGGCCUUACCCAGUAUACUAAUGUAUACAGUAUUUCAUAUUAGGCUUUGUCAGUUUAAUAUCUGUUUAUUAAUGUAACAACAAGAAGGUUCCACAAGAAAACUGGAUAACAGAAGGAUAUUUUCAAAAAGGUUUUAAUCAAAGGGUUAUAAAAUUGCUACUGGAAUUAUAAACAGUCUGUACCGUGAAACCUGUGAUGAUCGGAAGUUUAUCCAGAGAACGGGCACAUUUGGGCCCCAUCUGGGCUUCUUUUGGCUCAGUUGCAGUAUUGACAAGUGUUGACUUUUGGGUUGCUUACAAUACAGCAGAUGAAGCAGAUGGUUGUUGGGCCAUAUCUGACAGCCUCCCUGCUUUUUAUUUAGCUGUUUCAGCCUCUGAAAGGUUACCGCACUUGGAGUUAACACCAACCUUUGAUCUGCUUAAUUUAUCAUGGAAUAAUGAAGGAACAGGUCUCACCUGACCAUGAAACUGUUUUAUAGGCGAUUUUCCAGUUAGCAUACAUAAAAAGUUUGUAAUUCCUUAUUUCUUAUCUUAAGCUGUAAAAUGCUAAUGCUAGCAUGCUAACAUACCAAAGUUUCACAGGUAGUUUACGCCUUACAGGGUUAACAUUUGCUAAUUAGCGCUCAGUCAUAGUGCACCUGAGGCUGAUGGGAAUGACAUUCCUGCUAAUUUUAUGUGGUUAUCUACGGUGUUUGGGAAAAGGCUGACACUUUCAUUUCCAGUGUGUCCCCAGAGUUUUGCUGCUAAUGAGGCCAGAGCUAAAGUCUGUCCAUCCCACCCAGCAAUGGUGAAGCCAGUGCUUCCCCUCUGAAAACCUGCCUAAACCUAAUGGUUAUACAGUAUCCAUUUUCUGCCUUAUUACUAUAAUGGUAUCAGAUAAAUGCUUGUAAUACAGGUUUUUGAUAACUAUAUGAUAUCAACUGUUUGCAUAACAAUGGAAAUUCUUUUUUAAUAUCAAAAGGUAAACAAUGACCUCACUCUGUGCUCAAUGUUAGAAGUUUUGGUUGUGUAUGACAUUUAAGGUUUGAAAUAUAUAUUAUUGUGCAAAAGCCUUGAGCCACCUCACGUUUCUCUAUUUUGCUUCCAAGGAUCCAGAGUGUCUUGGAAUUUAUUAAUCGCUUUGGCUUAAAAAAAGAAAACACACACACACACACACACACACACACAAUAUUGCUUGCACAUUAGACAGCUUGGUGAAGAACCCUUUUUUAAAAUGGCAUUUUUAGGCAGUAGCAACUUGU